ACAACUACUGCUGAUACAACAACUACUGCUCCUACAACAACUACUGCUCCUACAACAACUACUGCUGAUACUACAACAACUACUGCUCCUACAACAACUACUGCUCCUACAACAACUACUGCUGAUACUAUGACAACUACUGCUCCUACAACAACUACUGCUGAUACUACAACAACUACUGCUGAUACUACGUCAACUACUGCUCCUACAACAACUACUGCUCCUACAACAACUACUGCUGAUACUAUGACAACUACUGCUCCUACAACAACUACUGCUCCUACAACAACUACUGCUGAUACUACGUCAACUACUGCUCCUACAACAACUACUGCUGAUACUACGUCAACUCCUGCUCCUACAACAACUACUGCUGAUACUAUGUCAACUACUGCUCCUACAACAACUACUGCUGAUACUACGUCAACUACUGCUCCUACAACAACUACUUCUGAUACUAUGACAACUACUGCUCCUACAACAACUACUGCUGAUACUAUGUCAACUACUGCUCCUACAACAACUACUGCUCCUACAACAACUACUGCUGAUACUAUGACAACUACUGCUCCUACAACAACUACUGCUGAUACUAUGACAACUACUGCUCCUACAACAACUACUGCUGAUACUACAACUACUGCUCCUACAACAACUACUGCUCCUACAACAACUACUGCUGAUACUACGUCGACAACUACUGCUCCUACAACAACUACUGCUCCUACAACAACUACUGCUCCUACAACAACUACUGCUCCUACAACAACUACUGCUCCUACAACAACUACUGCUGAUACUAUGACAACUACUGCUCCUACAACAACUACUGCUGAUACUACAACAACUACUGCUGAUACUACGACAACUACUGCUCCUACAACAACUACUGCUCCUACAACAACUACUGCUGAUACUAUGACAACUACUGCUCCUACAACAACUACUACAACAACUACUGCUCCUACAACAACUACUGCUGAUACAACAACUACUGCUCCUACAACUCCUACAACAACUACUGCUCCUACAACAACUACUGCUCCUACAACAACUACUGCUGAUACUAUGACAACUACUGCUCCUACAACAACUACUGCUGAUACUACAACAACUACUGCUGAUACUACGUCAACUACUGCUCCUACAACAACUACUGCUCCUACAACA